UUUCGUCGCAGAGCUUUCACCAUGUCCGUUUCUGUUUUUGAUACACCUAUGUCUUCUUGGUAUUGGAAGCAGAAAGGCGAAUGUGUUACAAAAGAGCGUGUCAUUGGCAUCAAUCUGCGGUACAUGGCGUUCGCUAAAGAGGCGUACACUGACCGCGGCACUGGUCAUCCUAUUCGCCCAGUUCAUGGAGCGGACAGCUUUCUACGGCGUGGUCAGUAACAUGAUCCUCUUCUGCACCAGCAACCUGGGCUUCGACACAGUCAACGCCACCACAGUCAGUCUGGUUUUCUUAGGCUUUGUGUACCUGUUCCCUGUGCUGGGAGGCUGGGUGUCCGACUCCUAUACAGGGAGGUUCUACGCCGUGCUCGUCUCUGGCUUCGUCAUGUGCCUGGGAUUGCUGUUCGCCCUCGUCGCUGCUGUGGACUUCAGUGAUUGGUUUGACCAUGAUUUAAGCGAGGCGGGGAAAAGAGCUACGUUCUUUGUGGGUCUGGGACUGGUGGCGUUGGGGAGUGGCGGGUUCCGACCCAACAUCAGCCCCUUGGGCGCGGAGCAGGUCAAGCAUCUCGGAGACUCCGCGGUGGACACUUUCUUCAGCUGGCUAUACUGGGUCAUCGCGUUAGGGUCGACUCUGGCCUAUACAGGCGUGGCGUACUUGGAACAGAACAUCAGCUUCGUCUGGAGUUUCUUGGGUCUUUUCUGUGUCCUUUUCCUCACCCAGAUCAUUUUCCUCGCCUCAAGGUCGCUCUUCAAUCGUACUAAGCCUGAAGGAAGCGUACUCCGCGUGUUUUUCUCCGUCCUGAAACAAGCUUUUUUUACAAACAGAGGUAACCACUGGGAAAACAGCAGCCAAGAAUCUGAGCCGCCCGGCCACCUGGACGGAGCCAGAAUGAGUCACGGCGGUAGCCAUGAUAACGUCACCGUGGACGGUGUUUGGAGCGUUCUCAAAAUGAUUCCUAUCUGUGCCUUGAUUAUCAUGUUUUGGGCUAUAUACUCACAGAUGCAAACCUCGUACUUUGUGCAAGCCGAGCGGAUGGACGUCAGAGUUGGCGGUGUGCUCAUCCCCGCUGCCAUCUUAGGCUCUUUCAACAACUUCGUGAUGGUCAUCAUGGUACCGGUACUUGACCGGAUUGUCUACCCGUUUAUGAACAGAAUCGGUUUCCCACUGAAGCCGCUAAGGAGAGUCGGCCUGGGGUUACUGUUGGCCACUGCCUCUGUGCUGGUGGCUGCUGUGGUGGAAAUCUACCGGAAGGAGUACAUGCGCGCGCCGGGCGGUUCACAUGUGCAGGUUCUGGCCAAUCAGAACUUCACAGCGUCCUCCAUGAGCGUCUUUGUGCAGACUCCACAGUUUCUGCUCAUUGGAGUCGGAGAAGUCUUUCUCGGGACCGCCAUUCUGGAGAUGGGCUAUACUCAGGCGCCCAAAUCCAUGCAAGGGAUCCUCACUGGUAUCUUUUACUUUUCUGGGACUGGCAACUUUGUGUCCUUGGGCAUUCUCCGGCUGGUGGAGUGGGGCACAGCCGAAG